AUGGGAGAACGUGAUGCAGAAAAGGAGGAGGACAAAGAUGGAGAGAGGAAGGAAAGGGUUCAUUUCCGCCCAAGGGGAAGCGUGAGUAUUACAACAGGAGGCUAUGAGCAGGUCCCCCAGUCUUCGUCCUUGUCUCUCGACACGGAUCAGAGGAGUAAGGAUCUCUUGACCCCACCAGCAAAGGUGUUUCCAGAUAAAUAUGUUGAGUUCCCUGAUGGUGUGAUGCAACCAGGAGGUGUAGACACAACUGAUGGAGACAUAACCAUGCCCAACAAGUCUGAGCCAAUACCCAUAUCCAUGAGGUCCCAUUCCGACUGUGGGCUGGUGCCUGUGGAACUGCGAAGACCCUAUCCGAUUUUACGGUCUCUCUCGGAUGGUGCCGCCUCAUACAAGCAGUCACCAGCCACUGACACGUCACUCACAAGACCGCGAUCCUUAGAGACGGAAAAUAACCUCAAUCCUGACAAUACUUCUAAGCCAGAAAAGGCCAGCUCCAGUUUAGAUUCAGUCAACGAUGAAGAGAGCCUCCGUCGCCACCGCCACAGCAUCCCAGGCCACCUCAGCUCAUACUUGAACUUCCUGGCGGGCUUACAGCAGAAGGCUGUCACUGCCGUCACGCCAGCGGUCCCUGUGUUCUCCACGGCAGUCAUCUCGGGCUCCACAUCAGCCCCAGACCUCAGGGAUAACUUUACAGCCCUUCCCUUCUCUACUGGAACGUCCCAGGUCGACAGUCUGGCCUUGGGACCCGCCACGGCUCUGCCUAGCUCUUCGGACAUUGAAGGCCUUGGAGGUGUACCUUCCAUCCGACCCCUAGAGACCCUCCACAAUGCUCUCUCCCUGCGACAACUGGACACGUUCUUGGAGCGCAUGGCCCUGGCACAGUUCCGCACGCCCCUCUCCUCCCCUCCUAAGAUGCCAUCAACGCCCAAGCACCCCCGCUCGCAGCCUCCUCCUCUCGGGUUGCAGUCCCCUUCUUCCAGUAUUGGCUGGUCUGGACCCCCCUCCUUCGUGUCGUCUUCUGGCCCCUCCUCCCCCAACCUCACCACACUGGAGUUCUUCUCACACGUGCACCAACGCUACGACACCUACAUGCCACCAUCUUCACCCAUGUACCUCAUUUCUGUACCAUCUCACACCACAACUUCAGACACCAUUGUCAACACCACCACAGCUGUAGAACACACUCUCCAUUCCUGUCUCACUACAAACACCAAAUCCUCAGUCGCUGCCACCAUGACAUCUGUUGCCACACUGCCUACCACAGCCAAGGAGAGUGUACUGGCUGCUUCUCACACUGACAUGACUGCUGUUUCUGCUGCUGCUGCUGCUGCUUCUGUGCCUGUAAAUGAUCUAACCAACUGUGUAUUCCCUGGUUACAAUCAUCAAGAGGUGUUGUUAGGCUCCACUCCACAUGGCAGUGCAGUUGAGUGCAGUAACAGCGAAGUGGAGAUGUUCACCUCAGGAGAAGGAAGUAGUAGUCCUACCUCACCGUCCGAGGGCUCGGAGAGCUUAGGAUCACACUCGCAGACAGAGGUGGCAUCAGUCAUUGAGCGCGGGGACACUGCCACACCAGAUACCCAUAGUGAUGCCCAAGACCCAGAUAAUUCAUGCAGUGAAAGUCAACCAGAUGCAGAUGAAAGAGGUCUGCCCAGUGCUCAAGAGAAAUCUGCCGCCUCGGACUGAAUGUGACCAAAGCUCUUCUAGCAUAUAUUGUCUGUGACUUAGUUUUCCAAGGAUUAAGGCAUCCAAACAGUAUAAAUAAUGUGCAGGUUUCAUUUCUAUAAUUAAUUACACUGAUGCUACUUAAGCAAUGGUUUAAUUGUAAUUUAUUUGUGCCAGGUUUUGAAAGUAUUUAAAAGUAAGAUAAUUAGAUGUGAACAUUCUUCACAUAAUUGCUAUUUUUUGUAAGUUAAGUUAAGCAGCUUAGGUAUUGUUUGAUAAUGUGUGAGUAAGAGGAAAAAUGCUUUCUAUGAUUUUUUAUUCAAUUGUUCCUUAUGGAAAGCAAAAAUUUAAGCUGUGGCUAUUGAUUGCACCUGUUUCCAACACUUAUUUGCUUUUUUAUACUUGAAUGGAAUUUCUUGCAUCUCUAUGUUCAGGGGAAUGUAUUUGUAGUUUUUUUUUUUCUCCCUUUUUUUGUUAGAAUGUUCUAAGAAAAUAAGAUACUAAGAAAAGCAACCUUAUAGCACUGUAAUGCAUCCCUGAUUUAUCUAAGUUUAAUCUAGCCUGACACUUGAUCUUUUCAUCUCCAAAUUACACCAUCAGGUUGACGUACCUGUUCUAAUUGAUCCUGAUAAUAAUUGUCUUCGCCUGUUUGGAUCUAACUUACCUGACAUAACCAGACCCAGCUGAAUGCGAAGUAACCUACCUGAGUUUACCUCAUGGCAGCCACAGGUAACCUAGCCUGUCCUUGUCCAGCUCAGUCUAUCCAAACCUAACCUAACCCAUACCAACCAAAAUUAUCCAUACUAACCUAACUAUACUUAACUUAAAUCUAGAUCUCCAAGAUUAUAUUAGCUGGAUAGGGAUUUGAG